AUGAACAACAACAUAAGCAACAUCGUGAUCGACGCAAGCAGCGGAGAUGUUGCAGUCAAAUCUAUGAUCAAGAACAUCAUGCCGAACCUGAAUGAAAGCGGCAUUCUCAAAACAGUGCACCGCGUCCUCGGAGAUUACAACGGCCCGAAAAUGUCCACGCGUCUGAUGAAUGGGCGGCUUGCGUGUGCCGCGACGCUCGAGCUGUGCUUUGAAAUUCUCGAUAAAAUGACCGGGCCCCUGUGGCGCAAAUGGCGCGAAAACUCGGGGAAUGCGUUCAAAAAGGCGCUUCGCGAGCGUGUCGAGAGGGUUCGGUCCUCUAGCCAAACAGAACAACUCCAACUCCAGCCACCACCGCAGCCAAAGCCAUCGCAGCAAGUCGGGAUAAAGACGGCCGUCCUACAGAACGCUCUUCGGUCUAUCAACAUAUACGGCUCUGUGCGCAUCGACGAUGGAUUAGGGAAAGCGUCCGUCAUCGACACCGUACGCCUGAUAUCCCCAACGGCCUCUCCCGAAUAUGCUGCACAGAUGUUCACACGCGUCCUUCAAAAGGAGCGGGACGAUGGCGGAAAGAACCCUGUGCCAGAUGCAAACCCACCGCAUCCGACGCCCAUCGCCGACCGCGUUGACUACAUCAGGAUCAACGGUCGUGGCAAUGUUACCCCCGUAAGCGACGCCAAAACCAUCGUCGAGAUCAUUUGGCUGCUGCCAUCGGGCGCGGCCAAACAAUUCAGGCGCCAGUCAGCCGAAACUAUCUGCCGGGUUUUGGGCGGAGAUAUCAGUCUUUGCGGAGAAAUUGAGCAGCGCUUUGCCCACCUCCAGGCCACCGAGGAAGGCAGGGCUUACCAAUCCUUUAUGACUGACCAGGGUCCCGCCAAGAAGCAGAGGGCCGCCAUGCCAGCCUGGUUCGACUAUGCGACGGAUGAGGAAAAGAGAGCCUACAUUUCGAUUGAGGCUACAACGAGCAUAGUCUUGGCCAAGAAGGCCUUGGUCCUGGGAGAUAUCGACGUGUUCGAGACAUGCAAGAUGAAGCUGGAGUCGGUUGGACAGUUCGACGAACGCGCCGAGAUUGAGUUUGCAGACAGGAUAAAGGACGUCCAGCGGAGGGUGACGAGGGUCGACAACAUGAUCACCGCCGCGCCUGCUGCCGAUACUUCACCGGUUUCUGUGUGUGUGGCUAUGCCGGUAGACGACACCAUCGACCCGGAGACGGGUCUGCUCAUUGCCACCCCGAAGUGUAGCCCGAGUGUUCGGGGCCCAGAGACGUCAAUUUGCGUCGAAGCUGGGAAAAUGGGCAUUGGUGUUGGCGAAAAGGCUGGCCAGGUCGGCAAGGUUGUUAAGCGGCUGUACUCCGAGCGCUACGGACAGGAAGCUGGUCGUAAGAUACCUAAGCGCAGCACCACUUUUAGGGGAAAGCCCUUCAGUGAAAACACUUACUAUGCCCGUGAUUCAGACCUCAUUCAACGUGCGAUUGGCUUAGUGUGUGCCCCGGCGGCGACGCCCUGA